AUGGCCGUCAUGGCGGUCACGCUGCUGUCGUGGCCACCAGGGAGCGAGCCGAGAUUAGGUGAAUGCAUUGGUAAGGGAGCGUUCGGGUCAGUCUACAAGGCCUUCAACUGGAGCACCGGCGAGGCUGUUGCUGUCAAGCAGAUCAAGCUCGUAGACCUGCCUAAAAGCGAGCUGCGAAUGAUUGAGAGCGAAAUCGAUUUGCUCAAAAAUCUUUUGCACGACAAUAUUGUCAAGUAUAUAGGUUUCGUGAAAUCAGCCGACUGUCUCAACAUUAUACUAGAAUACUGCGAAAACGGCUCCUUGCACUCCAUAUUAAAGGCCUAUGGCAAAUUCCCCGAGAAUCUCGUUGGUGUGUACAUGACACAGGUUCUUUUAGGUCUACAAUAUCUCCACGAUCAGGGUGUCAUUCAUCGGGAUAUCAAGGGUGCCAACAUUCUCACCACCAAAGAUGGCACCGUCAAAUUGGCAGACUUUGGCGUUUCUACCAGCACACUAGCGGGAGGACAGGAUAAGGAGGCCCAAGUUGUUGGCACGCCAUACUGGAUGGCACCGGAAAUCAUUCAGCUUUCCGGUGCAAGCUCCGCCUCUGACAUAUGGAGCGUUGGAUGUACCGUCAUCGAGCUUCUGCAAGGGCGACCCCCGUACCACAAUCUGGCUGCAAUGCCAGCACUCUUUGCCAUUGUCAACGACGACCACCCACCGUUACCUGAGGGGAUUUCGCCUGCUGCAAGGGAUUUUCUUAUGCAGUGUUUUCAAAAAGACCCCAACCUGCGCGUCUCAGCCCGAAAGUUGCUGCGGCAUGCGUGGAUCGUUGGAUGCCGCCGAGCUGAAGCACCUGUAUCCAAAGCACCCGAUAACUUUAACCAGGCUGUCGAAGAAGUCAAACAGUGGAACAAAGCUUUAAACUCCUCCGAACCCGCACUUCGAUCUUCGACCGGAUCCGAUGUCACUGGUGUAUCAUCUCGGUUCGUUGGUGGCACUCCCGUCAAAGGCCCGUUGGGACUUGCUAAGCCUAGACUUGGCGUCGAGGCCUUCAAGACGGCAGAGCAAGCUGCAGACAAUGACAACUGGGACGACGAUUUUGUCACUGCCAUCUCCCCGAGUGCAUUACAGCUCCCGCACCUAAAACCACAGGAUAACUUUGGAGGGCUUUUAUCGAGUGAUAAGCUGAAGGCUUUUGCAUCGACGAAUGACCUAAGGAUAGAUACUGACAACUACGAUGACGACUUUGAGGGCGAGUUGUUGACCAUCAAAGGCCCAGCACAACAACGUGACGAAGUACAAGAUCAAACUCUUCGACCAAUCCAUAAGAGAACAGUCACGAGUACAGACACGAAGUCACAUCAACGUAAUAAGUCGUCUUCUGGGAAAAUUGGCGCCAUAGUAGCCAGCUCCUCUGGACCAAAGUCCCCGUCAAAGAGCCACUUUGGCAGCAAGUUUGAACUCCCUCCUCGUCCAGACGUAGUGUACCGAGAGCAAAGCGUGGAGGAUUUCUCCGACUUAUUCGUCGAUAAUGAUGAAGCCUUCAACCACAGGGUCAACAGGGCUGUCAGAAGGGGCUCUCGCGCAACUGAUGCACCGCAGCUCUUCCAUCCAUCAGACUUGACAAGUCUCCCUCGUUCCAUGCAGGCUCCCGAUGGCAGUGUCAGAAAGAGGCCACCCUCGCGGCCAUCUGUACUACCUGAUCGACCCAUGCGCCGCGCUCGUUCAUCCAUAGAGAUCCAGAAAUUCGCCGAAGACGACGAUGAGGAUUUUUCAGACGUUUUUGGCGCUAGUGAUUCCAUAGCAGAGAGGGAAGAAAGCGAGCGUGGCUCUGAAGAUGGCGGCCUGAUGCUAUUGUCGAAAAUGUCGAGCAACUCUUGGCUGGGAGAUGAUGAGGAAGAGUAUGAUCCAUUUGCGUCCAUGGAUCCUGGCUGGGAUGAAAUGGACCUCGAAGCAAACAUAGCCAGAGACAGGCAUGCUCGUUUGGCGGAGAAGGUCGAAGAUCUUGUCAGUUCGCUGAAAACGACGGAAGCAGAUGACAUCCUGGCAGAACUGUCUGAAGACUUGCUCGGCUUAUUGUGGGAGAACAAGGAAGUCAAGAACUUGAUCAUUAGCGCGCAUGGGUUGCUGCCGAUUCUGGAGAUUUUAGAGCCCUGCACAGUGAAGAGCAGGCAGUACAUGAUACUACAGCUGUUGAAAGUUGUCAAUGCAAUCAUCCUUGACGAUGUGGAAAUUCAAGAAAACCUUUGUUUCGUGGGUGGUAUACCCAUCAUCACUAAAUUUGCGGCUCGCCAAUAUUCCGACGAAAUUAGGCUUGAGGCAGCUGCAUUUGUACGACAAAUGUACCAAACCAGUACCCUUACCCUCCAAAUGUUCGUGUCGGCCGGUGGUUUGAAUGUCCUAGUCGAGUUCUUGGAUGAGGACUAUGACGUUGCGAGGGACCUGGUGCUAAUCGGAGUGAACGGCAUCUGGAACGUUUUCGAACUACAAGGCCCAACUCCAAAAAACGAUUUUUGCAGAAUAUUCUCAAGAAGCAAAAUUUUAUACCCCCUGGCAUUGGUGCUGCACCGAGUGCUGGAUGAAGAGGGCGAGGAUGAUUUGGGCGAGCUCAUAGAGGGGCGCAUCGUCAACAUAUUUUACCUCUUUAGCCAGGCCGAAAACUACGUCAAAGAGGUGGUCGCAGAUCGGCAAGUCCUCAAGAGCGUGCUGAAGGACCUGCGUCGCAUGACGCCGGUCCACCAGGUUACGAUGCUCAAGUUUAUCAAGAACCUGUCAAUGCUGUCAACAACGAUUGAAUCCCUUCACUCGGCGGAUGCUAUAGAGUUCCUCAUCGACUUAUUGAGUUAUAGCAUGAAGAAGGCCCAGAAACAGUUCCGCGAAAUAUGCAACCAAGUACUCAAUACGUUGUUCAAUCUAUGCCGCCUCAGCAAGGAACGCCAAGAAGACGCGGCUGUGGGAGGCAUAAUCCCCUUGCUCCUGCGCAUUAUGCAGACCGAUCGUCCGCCCAAGGAGUUUGCCUUGCCCAUACUGUGUGACAUGGCACAUUCUGGGUCCAAAGGACGGCGCUAUCUGUGGCAGAAUAAGGGUCUCGACUUUUACGUAUCAUUAUUAACUGAUCAAUACUGGCAGGUCACAGCAUUGGACGCAAUUCUGGUGUGGUUUCAAGAAGAGACGGCCAAUGUGGAAAAUCACUUGGUCGACGGCAACUUCACGCGAGCAAUCGUUAGCUGCUUCAGUACUAACAAGCUGAACGCCUUCGAUUCUAAUCUUUUAGAGCCAAUGCACAAGUUGCUCCGUCUCAGUCCAUCAAUAGCAGCAUCUCUAGCCAAACCCGAAAUGUUUGCGGGUAUUGCCCAACGGCUCGGUCACAAGAAACCCGUCGUCAGGCUGAAUCUGUUGAGGCUUGUCCGUAUUAUUAUGGACGCCUGCGAACCCGGCCUUGGCGGUGGCGACGGAUCUCGUACGCUCAACAACCGACAGAUUCGAUCACUCAUGGAUUCCAUCCAGACACUUGCCGAGACAGACUCUGCAGUCCUCGUGCGCAAUCUGGCAGCUGAGCUCGUCAAGUCUCACAUCGACAUCAACUCGGGCAUGGUCCUCAUGCGCCACGACGGCGGCGGUAUAUCAUCCGCCUCAUCACAAGUCGGUUCCGCAUCAUCUUCAAGACGAGGCACCCGUCGCAACACAAGCUACACACCACCAAGUCUCCAAUCGUCGGUAUCUAUGCCCCAAACACCCACACACCGCAGCAGAGCCAGUCUAGCAGGAAACGCUGGUGCCUACAUCGAAGUCGCCGCCAGCCCUCGCCGCACCGCAGCAGCUUCGGCCCUCGAACGCGACGCCAUCUACUAUCGUCCACGAAGCCGGGACAGCGCAAGCGGCAUCGUACCAACUGGGAUCCCCCGCCGAGUCAGCGGCGACUCAACCUCGUCCAUAAGCAGUUCCGCCACGACAGGGUCAACCGGCGGCCCUUCCUCCAAGAGUCGCCUCCCACGUACGUCCCUCGCCGGCCGCCCGUCAGGCGCCCCCUUCUCCGUUCUUAGAGGGGAUCCCGCUCCGCCCAUGGUUGUUCGCAGCGACAGCAGCGCCAGUAAUAAGGAGAAUGGCGCCUCUGGCAACGGCCACACCACAGCGAGUAUAUCCAGACCGACUUCUUCACGGGACGGCAUGGCAGCAGUCGCAGCCGGCGUGUCCAAGAGACGGCCCCGAGCACCAAGUGAGUUGAAGUGGUCGUACACAAAGUGA